GUCAUGUAAAUCUUCUCUUUGUAACUGCUGUGGUUUUCAAAUGAGGCAUCAGGCGACUACAAGAGCCCGUGUUCCUGAUGAGGAUGAGGAGCCUUCGUCAGCAUCACAGAGAGAAGACAGAAGAAUUCAACACAUAGUGCUGAGGAUCUCAUCGGACACGCAGCGAUGCGGUGGGCUCUGUUCCUGCUCACUGUGACGGGUCAGUGUCUUGUCUCCACGUGUCACAUCUAUAAGUACACAUUUAUUAAAGAGAAGAUGAGAUGGAAGGAUGCUCAGAUGUACUGUAGAACAAACCAUACAGACCUGGCCAUACUGUUCAACGGUCCAGAUGAGAAGAGACUCCAUCAGUCUGCAGGGAACAUGGAUGAACCUGAAGCCUGGAUUGGACUGUACCACCACCAACCAUCCACCAGGCAGUGGCACUGGUCUCUGCCAGAGGAGACGUUCCAUGAAGACGACACACGAUGGGACACUGACGAGCCUAAUGACGGGGGACAGCAAGAGAAUUGUGUCAUCAUUACGAGGGAUAAGAAAUGGAUAGAUCUGAAAUGUGACAAAAAAAAUGAAUUUGUCUGCUGCGAUGGAAAACAAAACUGUCAUAUCAUUCAUGAGGAGAAGAAGUGGAGAGAGGCUCAGAUCCACUGUAGAGAGAAGAACAGAGACCUGAUCAGUGGAAUCAAACAGUUAGAAGAAUUCACAGUGACAGAGAGUCAGAAGAAGAUGUGGAUCGGCCUGUUCAGAGACAAGUGGAGGUGGUCGAGUGAAAAAAGAUUCAACUUCAGAAACUGGGAGUCAGAUCAAGACGAGACAGAGGGCGAGAAAUGUGCCUCGAUUCAGUUGACAGGCUUAAAGAAGUGGAAAUCUGCUGAUUGUGGAGAAACAAAACCCUUCUUCUGCUAUGACGAUGGAAUGAUCCUGAUCAGAGAGAAUAAGACCUGGGAGGACGCCUGGAUCUACUGCAGAGAGAACUACGAAGACCUGGUCUCCAUCACCGACGCUCGCCAGCUGGAGUUGAUCGCAGCGCGAGCCAAGAUGGCCGACACGGACCACGUCUGGCUCGGACUGCGCUACAACACUAGGUAUCUGUGGUUCUGGGUCACUGGUGAACGAUUCUCCUACAACAGGUGGGACUCCGACUACGAGCAAAAGUCUAGGAGCUGUUACGCAUCGGCCGCCAUGGAGAUGGGAGGAGGCCACAUGUGGUUCCAGAGAGACGACGAUGAGAAGUUGAAUUUCAUCUGUAUCAAAUAAAAACCCACGAACACCGUGGGGACACAUUGUGAAUCUUCACAUUCUGCUCUUUGUGUUCAUCAAACAGCAAAAUGGAGAAUUUAGAAAUGACUGAUAGUUUAACCUGUUACAAUUAUACAUGAGUGAUAUGUUGGUGGUGGUUAUUAGUUGUGAACCCAAAUGUUCUUCUGAUUACAUGUAAAUGAAUGAUACUGUAGAUCUUUGAGAAGCUGUUAAACUAUGAUCCUCUCUUUGUGUCUUUGGCUUGAUGGUGAUUCCUCACGGACGUAAGCGCUGCUUCCUUUCAGAGCGUUCACAUCAUGAGAAAAACAAAUCUAUCAAUCAAGUUGGUUUAUGAAAGAUGUCUUGCUUGUUCUUUAAUGUUUGGUUUGAAGCACAUUGAUUCAUGUAAGUAGAUAACAACCAGUUCAUGUUGAGUGUCAGUAAACAGCUCGUCAAAGGGUAAAAUCAUGAACAAUAAAAACAAUUUGAAUUUU